AAAAUUCCCAUCAACACUCCAUCUCUUUGGUAUAAUCUUAUCACCUGGAGCGGGGGCUUUAGCAUUAAAAAUCGAUAAAGACACACUGAUUUGUUUUAGUGACGAAUUUCGUUGUUGAGUAAACUUUCUUCUAUUGCGCUGCCUGGACAUUCUCUUUACAAGUUAAAAGAGCGAAGACGAGGAAUGGGUGAAGUUUAUGCGGCAAUUGGUGCCGUAUUAAUUGUUGUUUUAAUUGUGGCAAUUUUUCUGUACAAGCGAAAGAAAAUCGGUGGCGGACGACGACAGGGAAAUUCCACGACAAGAAGUACAGAUGAGGAGCUUGCAGAGCAAAGGAGAAGAUAUGGAGUCGUAAAGCCGGAAGAUCAGGUGCAGCAACCAAGAAGAUCAAUGAGUCAUGCGCGUGAUGACACAGCGGCUGUAUUUGUGAUAUCACAAGAGGAUGAACGAGGAAAUCAACCAUCAGCACCAACAGAUAUUCCCAUGCAGCCACGAAGGGUACGAAAUCCUCCGCAACAGAGGUUAACGGAUGAACAAAUAAUUGGUCUCGAUCCUCCCCCGUCGUAUGAUAUUGCCAUCACAGAGGCGGAACGCGAGAGGGGACCUCAGGUGAGAUAAAUUCAACAAUCUGCUGAGAAGACUUUUCCAUGAUUUUUUUUUUCAUUCCAUUUGUGUGCAAUGUACAUAGAAGAUGAAGUAAAUACAUUUUUUAUCACUCAGAAAAAAAACAAAAUAUUCUUUCUCUUCUCACCUCUUCUCUUUCAGUAAGUUCCAAAAUUUCAGUGAUUGCACUGCGUGAGAUUAAAAUCAGAUUAUAUUUUUUUUUUUUUUGUGAGUAAAUUAUGAGGCUUCAAAAUUACAUUUUUAUGCCCCAACUGGAGAGUAAAAAAUAAUUCUUUUGGCCAAGAGAAAUUUUAGCAGAAAUAUAAGCAAAAGAGUCAGAAGUUAAAGGAGUUUAGUCACUAAUAGACUGGACAGGUAAAAAUCUUACAGAGGAGCACAAAAAAGAAUAAGAAAUCGCCAAAGAAUCUUUCCAUUUUCCACUAGAAUCAGCUGGGAAAAUCGCGAUAAAAAAUUUUACUCAAAAAUGUAAAGUUUGACGUCACUUUUGGGAUUUUUAGUCUCUUCCAGGAGAAAUCUUCGUAAUGUUCUUCCGAUGUUUCUUGUUAUUUUUAA